CAACAUGGAGCAACAACAACAGGUGCUUAAGCGUUUACAACGCAUAUUCGAAGUAUUUCUACAGGAAAAUUUUACCCCCACAAAUAAUGUUUAUUUUGAAAAGCUCAUAACACACUUAUCGGAGAAAGAUAAUCUAUUUGUGUUGCAAGCUCCGUUCGCCAUCGAAUGGGUGGACAAGUGUGUGGCCAUACUGAACGAGGAUUUCAGUAAAAUUAAUACCAAAGUAACAUCGUUUAUGUUCAACUUUUGCAGUAUCAUGUUGAGAAAUGAAUGGGUGCUGGUAAUGGUGCGCGAGCGGCAGAUAAUGGACAAAGUUCUUCACAUCAUUGAGAGCAACAAGACGCGCUUCAAUCCAUCGAUUAAGCUGGGCUGUAUACGACUGAUGGCAUCGAUAUCACGUUACAGUCUGGGUAUGGCUUACAUUGCCAGCAAGAAAUGUUGGCAAUAUCUGCUGGAGCUCUGUAAUCGUGAUCAUACCUUGUAUGUGGUUCGAGAAGCCCGCCAAUUACUUUACGAAAUAAUCUAUACAUUUUCCGCUAAGGCCAAAGAUGAAAAUGUCGUCCGGGAAAUAUUACAUGAAAUUUUAAAACCCAUACAGGAAAAUGUUUUCAAAGUGGGUAGUGAAUCGAUUAUGGUUAAUGUUGAUGAUUCCGAGUUGCAGCAUAAAAUGUCUUCAACAUUGGAUUUGUUGUCGUAUUUAUUCGAACAGACCUUGGAAUCGGAUGAGAAAACAAACAUAGCCAACUUAUGCCAAACCUAUUACAAUUUGGAAUUGACCAUAUGGAAAUUGGUGGAAAUGACUCAGAACACACACUUCCUUUACAAAAUUCUCAAUACCUUGACAAGUCUUAACUUUGCCACUCUCGUUCAGGAUCAGUGGGAUGAUGGUAUUAUAACACCGGAAAAUUUCAAUCGUUUUGGUGUGAAUUUUUACAAUACAAUGAAAUUUUGUGUUUCGCGGCACCAGCUGCGGAGUUUCAUUAAAAUUGCCGAACUAUAUCAUGUACUAUGGAAAAAGUUGGGCACUCGUGCACCCUCCGAAAUACAAAUUGAAACGGAACGGGUGAAAUUUGAAAAUCAGCUGAUCACUUUGCAACUAAUGCCGCUACUCUUUCUGCUGCGAUACGGUAGCCUUAGUAAAGAGGAACUCUUCGAUAAUUACCUCAUGAAGCUAUUUGAAAUAUCCUGUGAACACACGCUGCGUAUUUGUUAUCGUUUUCGUGAUGCCAUAAUACCUUCGGAAAAUUCUUCACUGCUAGCUGUUGCCGAUUUGGCCUAUAAGGCAAUACAUGGCAUAUUGGCAAUGCAAAAUAUUUUGGAACGUGAACAGGCCAUAUUGGUGUUUCAGGCAAUGAUAUAUGCCAUGAAAGAGUUUAUAAGUGAAUCGAAUACAAUGUAUAGUGAAGAUCGCAAAAUCGAAUUUGGUAGUCCACCAAUGUCCGAUACAUUUCGUAAUUGGGUUGGCCUAGAAUUUAUGGUCACCAUACCGAAUGUGUUGAAUGCCAUACUGAGUGGUCUGCAGACACUCAUCAAACGUUAUCGAAUAUCAUGGAAGGAGAGCAUCGAAACAACAUGUGUCGUUAAUAUGGUAGCUGUGAUAUUGGAAAAGCCAAAUUUAACGCAGGCGUCUACUGUUCAAGCUCUGAAGCUGGUUCAACUUUCCAUAGAACAUUUCCUAUCGCCCAAUAUGGCCUUGUUGGUGGAUAAUCUCCAGGGAAGCGGUUUGGUAUGUUUGGGUCCAAUUAUUGUUAAACGAUUUCAUGACAUUUCCUGGGAGGUGAGAGACAGUACCUUGGAGCUGACAACAUCCAUUGCAAGCAUUUCAAGAGUUAAAUUUCCAGCGUUCCAAAAUUUCCUCUAUGAAGCCAAAAUGUGCCCUAUAAUUUUGCAAAUGGCCAAGCAUGACCAGGAGGCCUAUGUCAGGGCAUCGGCGCUAAAAUGUCUUUCCAAAAUGGCCAUGAUAAAUGUCAUUUGGGAAAAUGAUUUAAACAAUACCGAUUUGAUUGAACAUUUGUUAUUUGUUUUAUAUAAUGAAAGUGAGGGCAUUGUGCGGAAGGAGGCUGUCAAAACCUUGGCCGUUAUAUAUGACAAUCGCAAAAUACCACCACAAUAUAUGGAUACCUUCUAUUCGACCCUAACACAUUGCCUCAUCUCCGAUCUACAUUGGGAGGUAAAAGUCGAGGUACUGCGUGUCUGGGAUUUGGAAUUGAAGAAACAAUUCACGAAUCAAGGCAUGAUUGAUGGCACAUUUCCGACAGUGACCUUUUCCAAAGAAUAUAAAAAAAUCGUUACCCUCAACGAAAAAGAGAUUAAAUUGCGGAUCAUAAAAGUUUUCCAUGAGCUGUCACAGCGGGGCUGCUUGGAUGUUAUGUUGAAGUGCCUGCAGGAAGAUUGUGAUUUGGAGGUGUUGAAAACGGCUGUAUGCAUUGUCCACAAUCUGCUGGAACAGCUAAAGAAAUAUAAUUUCGAAUCGAUGAUUGAUGAAAUGGAAAAAUCACCGAAUUCAAGUUCCACAAAUAGCAGUGCCAAAAAUACCCCCGCUACAAGUCCGAUGCCUUCGAGCGUUCAACAAGAUUUUGAGUUAAAUAAAUUUGGUUUUUGUGAAACCAAUAAUAAUAGCAAAUUUAUUGCCCAACCAUCUGCACCCACUGUAACAACAGCACAAUCAUCACCUCACCCACAUCCCCCAUCCUCGCUCGAACAAACCCCUCUCAAUUCCGAAGAAGCAAUCGAUUAUAUUUUACAAUCGCAGGAUAUCAAUUUACUGGUCGCACAAUAUGAACAAAAAAUGGAACUAAUGAAUAGCGGAGUACCCAUUGAACCACCCGUAUCGAAAAUCGAUACAAAUCUAUAUAAGGCCUAUACAACGGUGGGCGUUAUAGAAUUUAUGCGUGCCAUAAAAAGUUUAGACUUAGAUAUGCUAUUGAAAAAUCACAACGAUUGGCUGUUGGGCUCCGAGAGCUUUAUAUCAUUGUUAGAUGACAUAAUUGUGGCCAUCAAAUGCGAAGAUGAUUCAUUGUUCGCUGAUUGUUAUUAAAAGUAC